CUGCUUCAUUCAUCUCAUCACAUUCAAAACAGCUCCAAGAGAAACCAAAAAGUCACACACAUUAAAACAGAGAGAGAGAGAGAGAGAGAGAAACACCUUCAACUUCAACACCCUUUUGUAUCAACCAGUUUUAGUUCAAACAUGGUGAAGGCAGAGAUCAAGAUCGACACAGAGCCAUCAGCAAAGGCAAGGCAGGCUUUGUCUCCAACAUCAUCCUCAUCAUCAUCAGCAAUGUCCAAUGAGAAGAAGAAGAAGUACAAGGGAGUGAGAAUGAGAACCUGGGGCUCAUGGGUUUCAGAGAUCAGAGCACCAAACCAGAAAACAAGGAUAUGGUUGGGUUCUUAUUCAACUGCAGAAGCAGCAGCAAGAGCCUAUGAUGCUGCACUUCUCUGCCUCAAAGGGUCUUCUGCCACCAAUCUGAACUUCCCUUCAAGUGCUUCACAUUUCAUUCCUCCUCAAGACACUGCCAUGAAUCCUAAAUCAAUUCAAAGAUUUGCUGCUGCUGCUGCAAAUAACAGUUUUGUGGACAAUGGUUCACCUUCUCCUCCUCCUCAACCUCCUUCAAAUUCUUCCUCAUUGGUCUCAUCCCCAUCAAUGUCAUCAUCUCCUUCAGAUAAAAUAGAUGAUGAUGUCUCACUCUUUUCUUCCAUUGGGGCCAACAACACUGGCUCUGAAUAUCAAGCAAAUAAUGAAUCAAUGGCUAUGAUUCAGUCUUGGUCUUGGUAUGGCUUUGAUGACAUUCAAUUCCCAAAACAUGGGGAUCAAAUGCUGAGUGGGGAUGUGUUUGACAUUGAUGCAGCCCAGGCACUUGAUGAUUGGUACUAUGAGGAAAGUGACAUUCGUUUGUGGAGCUUCUCCUAAGUGAAAUUGAAGUCACCCCCAAAUUCUUUUUCUCACAAAAUUCAUAUUUAUUUGUCUUCAGUACUGACUGUGACCAAAUUAAAACUAUAUACUCUAGAAGAUAUUGAUAAAGAGAUGAGACAAUUUUUAGUUUCUUUGUUGAUUUCUGCAUAUUUAAAUGUAUUAUUGAUGCAAAGCUUGUUAAUUAUUUAGAUAUUAUAAAUAGUUUCGUUGGUUUAUGUAAUUUCAUAAAUGGAGGGACAAAAAACAUAUGGUCAUGAAGAUGUUAGUAAUUACAACUUAUAAUCAAUUCCUUUCAUUGAUUUUCUC